AAAGUGACCUACAAACAUUCUGACAUUUUAUGCAUUGUAAUCUGUCAAUGCAAUGAAUUUAUUAUUGUAUUUGUAUUAAAAACAAGUCAAGUUUUGUGGCAGUAAUUUGUAAUUCAAAGUUUUUAAUAGUUUUUUUUGUAAUAUUAGUUGUGAUCAACAAUACUUCUAGGAUGGCUCAUUACAAAGGGGCGGCCAGCGAAGCCGGCAGAGCCAUGCAAUUGAUGAAAAAACGCGAAAAGGAAAUGCAAGAUCUGGAACUCAGAAAGAAACGAAUCGAGGAAGAUUUAAGAUUGAAUAACAUCGAAAAUAAAUUCGCUACACAUUACGAUGCGGUCGAACAACAACUUAAAAGCUCCACAAUUGGACUCGUUACUCUCGACGAAAUGAAAGCCAAGCAGGAAAACAUAGUUAAAGAACGGGAGAGGAAAUUAGCACAGAAACAGGCGGAAAAGGAGCGAGAGAAACAAAGGCAGAUGGAAGCCAGACAAGCGGAGAAGAACAAGCAGAAAAAGCAGAUACAAGCUCUCUCAUUUACACUUGAUAAUGAAGAUGAAGAAGAUGAUGAAAAUGAGGAUGACAAUAAUGAGAACAAAGAAGAGGAAAAAGAAAUCAAGAUAUUAUCUUUCAAGAGAUCUAAAGAAGAUGUGGAUAGUACGAAUUUGAAAAAGAUUAGGAAGGAUCCAAAUGUUGACACCAGUUUCUUGCCAGACAGAGAACGAGAAGAAGAGGAAAACAGACUGAGAGAGGAAUUGAGACAGCAAUGGGCUGAACAACAAGAGAAACUAAAAGAAGAAGAAAUCGACAUAACGUUCAGUUAUUGGGACGGUUCUGGACAUAGGCGCACCGUAAGAGUUAAAAAAGGAAAUUCGAUUUACCAAUUUUUGCAGAAAGUUUUGGAAUUGCUGCGCAGGGAAUUUUCCGAAUUAAAAACUGUCAUGGCCGAUCAACUUAUGUAUGUCAAAGAGGAUUUAAUUUUACCACAUUCCUACACCUUCUACGACUUUAUAGUAACGAAAGCUAGAGGUAAGAGCGGUCCGUUAUUUCAAUUCGACGCGCACGAUGACAUUAGGAUUUUAAAUGACGCUUCUGUCGAAAAAGAAGAUUCUCACGCCGGGAAAGUUUUGUUGAGGAGUUGGUAUGAAAGGAACAAACAUAUUUUCCCCGCUAGUAGAUGGGAGCCUUAUGAUCCUACUAAAACGUACGAUAAAUACACCGUUUCGGAUAAAAUUAAAAAUAAAUAAAUAAAAUUGUAUAAAUAAAGAGUUAAUUGAUAAGAAUCUAUUGUUUUUGUUAUUGAGUCUUAAUUUGUUCACAGCUGGCGUUUGAUAUGUAAAGCGACAAAUGACUUUUGACAAGCAAAACGACCGAUAUUUGACAGGCCAAAUGACUGACAUUCGACAGACAAAACAACUAACAUUUGUGAAUCAGUAGAUGUUGAAAUUUGACAAAACGAUUAUAGAAAGUUCUACAGAUGAAAAUCACAAAAACCGAAAAAAAUACCGUUCUUGUGAAAUCGUUUCUUAUGAAUAACAAAAAAAGUGGUUUUGUCUGAUUAUUUUAAUUAUUUAUUGCAUUUUUCUUUUUACUUUCUUUUAUCGGAAUGGUAUCCAAAAUCGAUUUCUGUUCAGGUAAAAUUGGUUCUGACGGCGUUUCCCAAAAUCUGGGAACGUACGGGAGCCUGCUGGCCAAUUCUGUACUCCAAUGAUGUAAUCUGCAACGUACGUUUACUUUUUCUUGCUUAUUUAUCUAGA